UCAACGAAGCCCAAUUCAACAUUAACAGAAACAUUUCCCCACCGCAAAAUCCCACCUCUCUCUCCGCCGGGAACUGAGAUUCUUCGCCGCCGUCGUCUUUUAUUCUCCGAUAUGGCUUAUCCACCGCCGUACGAGCCUUUCUACCUGGCUGCGCCGCCUCCGGAAUACAAUUACGCUCCUAGUGAUAGAAACGGAAUCAACACUCUCUUCGUCUCCGGCCUCCCCGACGACGUGAAGGCGCGCGAGAUUCACAACCUCUUCCGCAGCCGCCCCGGAUUCGAGUCCUGCCAGCUCAAAUACACCGGACGUGGCAAUCAGGUUGUGGCGUUUGCGACCUUUGUGAAUCAUCAAUCUGCAAUGGCAGCCCUGCAUUCUCUGAAUGGUGUUAAAUUUGAUCCUCAAUCUGGUUCCACUUUGCACAUUGAACUGGCUAGAUCAAAUUCUAGAAGAAAACCAGGAAGUGGUCCGUAUGUUGUCACUGAUAGAAGAACGAAUUCUGAGACUGAUGCUAGGGAAUCAUCUAGUGACGAUGGGGUGGCAGAGGGGUACAUAUCCAUUGGGAGAGGAGAUGGUGAUUCUGAUGACCCAUACACCAACCCUGACGAGGGUAACCAAGACACUUCAGCAGCUGAGAAAAGCAGCAAACACACAGGCUAUGGCCAUGAUGCUCAAGAGAGUGAGCAAGCCGAAAAGACAGCAGAUGGUGCAUGCUCUACAUUGUUUAUUGCUAAUUUAGGUCCAACCUGUACUGAAGAGGAACUGAAGCAACUUCUUUUGCAAUACCAAGGAUUCAACAGCCUUAAGGUUCGUGCCAGAGGUGGAAUGCCAGUUGCGUUUGCUGAUUUCGAGGGAGUUGAACAUGCAACUGAGGCAAUGAACUCGCUUCAAGGAAGCACGCUGCCAUCCUCUGACCGCGGUGGAAUGCAUAUAGAAUACGCAAGGUCGAAAAUGAGGAAGCCCUAAUACAUACUUCAGAUGCAAAACAGAGAGUACUAUGGAAGCUGCUCUGACCUGCAUCGUGUCAAAACUUCUUUGAAGAAUAUUGGAUGAUUUCCCUAGCUAGGAAAUUGUUGCUAACCUGUCUUAAUGGAUUACUGGAAUAUGGUACUAUGUAGUAAGUUGGCUGUAUUGAUGCAAUCACGAGUCUAUUUAUUCAUUCAUAUCCAUUUGUCGGA